UUUUAAAGAAUUUCAUGAAAUGUUAUAUUUACCACAAUUACUUAUUUUUAAUCGAAGAAAUUGGAAGUUAUCCGACUAAACUCUUAUUUUUGUACUGCUUUUAAUAAUUCUUAAAUAUUUAGGAAAUUAAAUAAAAUUAGUUGAUUUUCCUCAAAUAGUCUAGCUUAGAACUUUUUAUUACCGAGUUAAAGAAUCGUAUUACGAUGGAAGUUCAGUUUGGAUCAAAUCCUGUAGAUGAACCGAAUUUGCUUUACAAACUACAACGUAAAGUUAAGGUGUUUAAUACGUCUAACUCAUUACCUCACCGUGGAUAUAAUUUAAUAACCACAUCUAGCAAGUAUGGGAUUGUUUUUGUUGCAUCUCCUCAGGGUGUUUUGUCUGCUUAUACCAUUAAAGAACUAAUAGACCCAGCAUCUGAGCCAAGACAUUUGUCAACAAAUCUUCAAGUACAACCUUCUCAUAUAGCAGUAAACUGUGAUCAAGAAUGGCUAGCUGUGGUGGGAGGCCAAAUGCUUCUGAUUUAUAAAAUAACUGAUUUUCAAAAUCCUGCUGUAGGUCCUUCAAUAUCAAUAAGAUGUGAAGUAAAUACAUCUACUUUUCUAUCAUCCAUACAAUGGAAUCCUUGCAUCCCAGACACAAUUGCCUUAGUGUAUUUUGAUGGUACUCUUGUUGUGAGCCAAGUAAACACCAUGCAGAAGAAACAGAUACAAUCAAAUGCCAGGUGCAUGUGUUGGAGCCCAAAGGGUAAGCAGCUUGUGACUGGUAAUGCUGAUGGAACUCUCUGCCAGUACAAGCCUGAUCUGUCUCCAAUGAAGUCUGUGCCAGCACCCAACUUGUUUGAAGGAGCACCCGUUGAAGCCCUUGCCAUUUACUGGAUAUCUACUUUUCAGUUUGCAGUUGUGUAUAGGAAUGCAUCUGAUAAUAGCCGACCAGUGGUCACAAUUGUAAAUACUCCAAAGGGUGGAAAACCUUCAUGCCUGAACUUGGAAGAUAUAUGCUACAGUAUGGGCUCUAACCGACCCUGGUUUUACUAUUUACAAGGAUUAUCCCAAUGGAACAUAAUCAUAGCGUCUUCAUCAAAUAGUAUGGAGAUUGCAACAAUGGGAUCCAAAGAUAGCGCCAACUGGAUACAAUGGUGUCAGAGCGAUGAAGCGCGACCUGAGUUACCGCUAACAGAUAGAAAAGUGGAAAAUUACCCCGUCGGUCUGUGUGUGGAUACCGCUGCGGCGCACCAGUUACCUUGGGGUGAGAAUGAAGUCUUACCUCCCAUGCCGUUCCUCUUGGCUUUAUCCCAUACUGGUAUGCUGACUAUAUUCAACAUCAUCAAUUUGGAUAAAGCCGCUCCACAAAUAUGCACACCCAUACAAGCACUAUCAUUGCCGGAAGCUGCGUUUACAAGUGAGGUACCAAAUGAUGUGCCCGCUCAACCACAACAGCUAAUACAAGAACCACCAAAACUGCAACCAAUCAGUCAAAAACCAAUUGCCAAACCGCUUCAAGCAGCCAACCAACAGUCUCAACCAGUUGCCCAACCGUUUGCUCAACAAGUUGCCCAACCAGUCCCUCAACAAAUUGCCCAACCGGUCGCUCAACAAGUUGCCCAACCGACCCAACAAGCAAUAAGCCAUUUUGGUCAACAAUUUGCUCAAUCCCAAGCGCAGCCGAAAGUAGAACCGUCAUCUGAAUUAUUUUCGGCACAAACUUCUCAAUCUUCAAACGCCCAGAAGCCGUCAGCGGCUGCGGUGGCGGCCUCUGUUAAGCUUGAAACAAACGCGCCAUCUGCCGCCGAAAUUGAGAAGUCGAAAGCGGAAGCCGCUGCUAUCAAACAGGAGCAAGAGAAAGUGAAUCAAGCCAAAGUAGAGCAAGAGUUGAAGAAUAUACUUAUAAAGGAAGUCAACGAUUUCCAGUCGGAGCUGCAUAAGUUUCGUGUUAAUACUUGUGGGAGUCAGAUCCAGAUCCAACAACAGCUGGAUGCGGUCAAACCGGACUUAGACCUCCGAAACUUGGACGGAGAACAAUUAAAAAAGCAAUGUGGUCUCGAAGAACUAAGGGACUCUAUUGUUCACCUCAAACUAGAGCUUGUGAGGGCCUGCGCUGUAGUUGCUGAAGCCAGGACACACGCUGAAGCGAAGGAGCAUCUUGAGUGGAGCCAUGUCGACCCGCUCACAGUCAAACGUUUCUCUUCUAUCAAGCAACUGGCCUACUACGUACAGAACCAAUUAGAUCAAGCCCAAAAGGAGCUUGAGAGCAGGUGGAAUGAUAUGGCUUCGAAGACGCAACGUGGGAAGGGUGACCGUAUGAUUCGCCCUAUACUAGAUGACGUAUACCAGCCAUUGGUGGAACAGCAAGAAAUCCUUUGUCGCCAAAAAGCCGUACUUCGAACCUUGAGAAAUACAAUGACCGAGUGCAAUACCACGCCCCUUUUCAAAUCCACCUCACUACUACGCAGUACGCCCUUUAAGAACAAGGAUCCGCUAUCGAAACUAACGAAGAAUAUUCUUAACAUGAGUAUUGAACCACAAGACAACAAAGAUAAAGAGCUAUCCUCGCAAAAGUUAGACGCACUUCGCGACAUGCUGUCAAACCAUAGACCAAAAAAAAUUAAACCUGUUAGCGUUGAAGUAAGACAAUAUAUGGAGAACCUGAGACAGAGGUACGAGAAAGGAGUAAAAGAGAGAGCAGAAAAGAGGGAGUUUGAAAAGCAUGAACAGAUGAAACUAGAGAAGCAGAGAAUUGAGGCGGAAAUUCAGGAGAAAGCCAGAAUUCAGUACCAGUUAAUGGAAGCUAAGAAGGAACAAAGAAUUGAAGCUGAACGACAAAAAGAUAUUAAGCCGCAAUUGAAAACAGAACUUCCUGCACCAGCUUCAGCACCACAAAUUAACUCUUUCGUAAAGAGUGAACCAAGUCCCAAAGAGACAUUAGCACCUAUGGCCGCAUUUGCUCCUUCAAUAAAACCGGCUAAACCGGCCUUUGCCAACUUGCAAAAGCCACUUUUUAGCAAUGUACCAAAACAAGAAGUUCCCUUGCCUCCACUUCAGCCCGUGAAAACGGAAAGUAGUCAGCGAUCUUUGAAAGAUUACUUACAAAGUGACGUCGAAUUGCCCAAAAUAUGCUCUCCCACUGCUUUUGCAACUCCAAAAACGACAUCAAAUUCAGUAUUUUCAUCAAAACCAAUAGCGGAGAUGAGUAAUAUGUUUAAUAAAUUGACGAAUCCUGAUACUAAACCAGUCAAGCCCACCCCGACAUCAGAUGAAACUGGAGAAGUAGAAUCUACCUCAACUCCUGUCAAGACUCCCAUCCAACCAGUCAAAGAGAAGCCCUUAGGCAGCAUAUUUAGUCUAAAGCCACUAACAAAUGUCCAAAAUGUUCCGGACGUCCUAAAAAAUCAAGCUAUCCUUGGAAAAACGGAAUCAAAACCCAAGACUGAAGAAACAGAAAAACCUAAAGAGAACGUGCCACAAGUUGAAGUUAAAAUAACGCCUAAAAAGGAAGAAUUGAAGCCAUUUACCAUCCAGAGCACAACUGUACCGCCUUUCUCUACUGCGCAGUCGGUGUUUAUAGUUGACCCAAAGAAACCAAGCGAAGUUAAGAUUGAAUCGUCUCUGCCUCCAUCAUUUUAUACUUCAACUCCAACUCCAGCUUCCUCUUCUACACCUCAAGUAUCCGCAACUGUUACGGUUAAGGCUGUAACACCAAAAGAUCCAACUCCAACAAAUGAUACUAAAUCUGAUAAAGAGGUUGAAAAACCUGUCCUUGUGCCUGCUAAAACCGAACCAAGUACACCAACCACGCCAACUCCUGUCACUAGCGAGUCCACAAGCCCAACUGCGAAAUCUGUGUUUAGUAGCGCUUCGAAGUCCUUAUUCAGCCCUACGUCUGAAGCAAAGCCGUUAUUCGCACCAACUUCACCAACAACACAGGCUGCUUCAAUAUCAACUCCCCAAGACACUUUUGGUCAGGCUGCUAUCACAACAUCCGCUAUUAGCACCACUGUUGCAACAUCUUCAGCAUUUGGUACCGCGCAGAGUGUGUUUAGCGCUGCCAAUUCUGCUUUUGGCACUGCAACGACCGCGUCCAGUGUAUUCGGUACCACUCCGGCUUUUGCCACUUCAUCAGUCGUUGGUGCUGCACCCAGUUCCCCUAGCGCGGUCUUUGGAUCGGCUGCUCAAGCUGCUUUUGGUCAAACAACACAAGCCGGUUUCGGAGUGUCCACUACGCAGUCUUUAUUUGGAUCAGCCCCGACUACAUCAGCAUUUGGUGCAACAACAACAACGACAUCUAUAUUUGGAUCACCUAAGCCAGUGUUUGGGUCAGGGCAGCCAGUGUUCGGCGGAUCAACGCCCGCGUAUGGAUCAAGUUCACCCACCUCCGUUUUCGGUACCCCGACUACUCAAUCGUCAAUUUUUGGUGCAACUCCGACGACGCAAGCCUCAGUCUUUGGGUCUCCUACUAAUACUGGCAGUGGGUCGUUGUUCGGUGACGGCGCUUCUAACUUAUUCGCGGCUGCCAAUAUCUCUACCAGUAGUGCUUCACAAUCUGGAGGCAGCUUAUUUGGAGCAAGUUCUGGAUUUGGAAGUGCAAAUACAAACGUCUUUGGGGCAAAAUCUACGUUUAGCGGCUCCAAUACGACAGCUGCAAACAUAUUCGGGGGCGGAUCUUCCUUCAGUCAAAAGCCUGCAACUGAUUUCUGGGGUGGGGAAAGUAACACCACGGCGUUUGGAUCAAGUGGCUUUGGUCAAGUAGAAGCAGGCAGCUUCAGUCAGCCUUCAACGGGUGCACAACCCUUUGGAAGCCCACAGCAGACUGCGUUUGGGUCACCUCAACAAACAGCUCCCGGUUUUGGAAGUUCACCUGUGUUCGGUGGGAAGCCGGCUUUUGGUUCCCCUACAAGUUUUGGUGGCCCAGCUUUUGGUGGUGUAAAUAAAAGCCCCGGUUUUGGGUCAUCUGCCACUUUUGGUGGUGGCGCGACUUUCGGUGGAACUGCCUUUGGGAACACUUCGCCUGGAAAAGCUUUCGGUGGCGCUUCACCCACAGGCUUUGGUACCCCGACGCAAUCGAACGCAACGUUCGAGAACUUAGCUACUCAGAACACGUUGACAUUUGGAAAUCUCGCUCAGAACUCUGGACAGGCGCCGGCUGCCGCACCUGCCUUUAACGCAUCGCCGUCGUUUACUGGUUGGCGUGGUUGAUAGUCUAGAAUUAUUUCUUUAAAUAUUUUUAAUAAAUAAUGUGUCAAUAUUAAUAUUUGUAAUAAAAUAUUUUUUUAAAUUA